GUUUCGUUCCAUUAUGUAUUCCGUUAUUAGUAAUAUAAAUUACAGUAAAUAAAAAUUUCUCGAUCGAAUAAAAUUGUUUUGUGUUAACAAUAUAUCAAAAUGCUUAUUAAAGUACCCUCAAGCGAUUGGUCAGAACAGCUAGAUUGUAUUGUCGAAGAAGAAGAAUCAUUUUCAGACUUUGAAGAAGAUCCAGAUUUCUCUGAAUAUAUGUGGAUGGAAAACGAAGAAGAAUUCGAUAGAAAUGAACUCGCGCGACUUGAAGAAGAACACUUAAUGAACGAAUGUAUGGAGGCCAUGAUGGAAGACGAACUUAUAUCUGAAUUAACAAAGAGUAAGGAAUUUUGUGAUGAACAUGAAACAGAUAUCUCCAAUUGGACAGAGUUUUGUGAUCCUCCUAGAAAUAAACUGGACCAAAAUAAUUCUACAGUGUUGACUCUCAAUGUACUGCCUUCUGUUUUGAACCCUAAUGCCAAGGAAUUUGUACCUCAAACUCAACUUAAUUAAGUAAAUUUUAAAACAUAUGUUCUAGUAUCCAAUAAAUAUUUAAGAAUUUCGUACAUUACAC